GAAUGGGUUUAAAUGUCUUGGCUAUAUAGACAGCUAGCUAGUCUUUUAAACCCCAGACUUUAUUCAGCCAUCAAUGAGGACUGUUAGCUAGGGUGCACAGAAGAAAAAAAAUAAUCAUAAAAACCCACAUGUACCGAGGUGGACCACAGUACCCAGCUAGCUUAAUUUACGCUGACUGAAGAGAAGAGCGAGCUGCCAGCAACAGUCAAAAGCGCCACACCAACACCCAUGCUAAUGUCAGAUAGCAACUGAACGUUAGCUGGGAGACUUUAAAGCCCGUUCUUUAUAACUCAGCGAUUCAAGCGUGCUACUGUAGACUUGAGACUUUAAGAUGCUGCUACACGUUGGAGGCAUGCGUUCGGCCCUGGGGCUGCUGGCUGUCAGGAGGGCAUGCUGCCUGUCCCGCUCCACCCACAACUCCCCUCAGACUCUGGAGUACAAGCCCAUCAAAAAGGUCAUGGUGGCCAAUAGAGGUGAGAUUGCCAUCCGUGUGUUCCGGGCGUGCACUGAGCUGGGGAUCCGGACAGUGGCUGUCUACUCUGAACAGGACACAGGCCAGAUGCACAGGCAGAAGGCGGAUGAGGCUUACCUCAUAGGGAAGGGCCUGCCGCCCGUGGCUGCCUACCUGGACAUCCCUGACAUCAUCAAAGUGGCUAAGGAAAAUGAUGUGGAUGCAAUCCAUCCUGGGUAUGGCUUCCUGUCUGAGCGAUCAGACUUUGCUCAGGCAUGUGUCGAUGCUGGGGUACGCUUCAUUGGCCCUUCCCCUGAAGUGGUGCGCAAGAUGGGAGACAAGGUGGAGGCUCGAUCCAUCGCUAUCCGUGCAGGAGUCCCAGUGGUACCAGGGACAGACGGCCCCAUCACUUGCCUAUCGGAGGCCCAGGAGUUCUCCAACACCUAUGGCUUUCCCAUCAUCUUCAAGGCUGCCUACGGUGGUGGGGGCAGGGGAAUGAGGGUGGUCAAAGAGUACGAGGAGCUGGAGGAGAACUAUCAGCGCGCAUAUUCUGAGGCCCUGGCUGCGUUUGGGAACGGUGCUCUGUUCGUGGAGAAGUUCAUUGAGAGACCCAGACACAUUGAAGUGCAGAUCCUAGGUGAUAAGUAUGGUAAUGUUAUCCACCUCUAUGAGAGGGACUGCUCCAUCCAGAGGAGGCACCAGAAGGUGGUGGAGAUCGCCCCGGCUGUACAGCUGGACCCCCACCUCCGAGACAGACUCACCGCUGACUCUGUCAACCUGGCCAGACAGGUGGGCUAUGAGAAUGCUGGCACAGUGGAGUUCCUGGUGGAUAAACAUGGAAGGCACUACUUCAUUGAGGUCAACUCACGCCUACAGGUGGAGCACACCGUUACCGAGCAGAUCACAGAUGUGGACCUGGUUCAUGCUCAGCUGCGUGUGUGUGAGGGGCGUAGCCUGCCAGAGCUGGGCCUGAAGCAGGAUAAGAUCCGGAUCAAUGGCUUCGCCAUCCAAUGCCGUGUGACCACAGAGGACCCUGCCCGCGGCUUCCAGCCUGACACUGGGCGGCUUGAGGUGUUCCGGAGUGGCGAGGGCAUGGGCAUCCGUCUGGACAGUGCCUCUGCGUUCCAGGGAGCCAUCAUCUCCCCCCACUACGACUCCCUCUUGGUCAAAGUCAUCGCUAGCGGGAAGGACCUGCCUGCCGCUGCCGCCAAGAUGAACAGGGCGCUGGCGGAGUUCCGUGUCCGUGGGGUCAAGACCAACAUCCCCUUCCUCCAGAACGUUCUGAGUAACGAUCAAUUCCUGUACGGCACCGUUGACACCCAGUUCAUAGAUGAGAACCAGGAACUCUUCAAUCUCAAGCCGGUCCAGAACCGAGCCCAGAAGCUGCUGCACUACCUGGGUCAUGUGAUGGUAAACGGACCCACUACUCCCAUACCGGUGAAGGCUAAGCCCUCAUCUAUCGAUCCUGUGAUCCCACCCAUUCCUCUGGGUGAGCCUCCGGUUGGGUUCCGUGACGUCCUGUUGAAGGAGGGUCCAGAGGGCUUUGCCAAGGCGGUGCGUGCCCACAAGGGUCUGCUGCUCAUGGACACCACCUUCAGAGAUGCCCACCAGUCUCUCCUGGCCACCCGCGUCCGCACCCACGACCUCAAACAGAUUGCCCCCUUCGUGGCCCACAACUUUAACAACCUCUUCAGCGUGGAGAACUGGGGAGGUGCUACCUUUGAUGUGGCGAUGCGUUUCCUGUGUGAGUGUCCAUGGAAACGGCUGCAGGAGCUGAGGGCUCUGCUGCCCAACGUGCCCUUCCAGAUGCUGCUCAGAGGAGCCAACGCUGUGGGCUACACCAACUACCCCGACAACGCUGUGUUCAAGUUCUGUGAGGUGGCCAAGGAGAACGGCAUGGAUAUCUUCCGUGUGUUUGACUCUCUGAACUACCUUCCCAACCUGAUGCUGGGUAUGGAGGCUGCUGGGGCUGCUGGGGGCGUGGUGGAGGCCUCCAUCUCCUACACAGGAGACGUGUCUGACCCCAUGAGGCAGAAGUACUCUCUGGAGUACUACCUGAAGCUGGCUGAUGAGCUGGUCAGAGCUGGAACACAUAUACUGAACAUCAAGGACAUGGCAGGGCUGCUGAAGCCCGAGUCCAGCCGCAUGCUGAUUGGUGCUCUGAGGGACCGUUUCCCUGACAUGCCCAUCCACGUCCACACCCACGACACGGCAGGCGCCGGCGUGGCCGCCAUGCUGGCUUGUGCCGAGGCCGGGGCCGACAUCGUAGACGUCGCUGUGGACUCCAUGGCUGGGAUGACAUCACAGCCCAGCAUGGGAGCUAUUGUCGCCUGCACCAAGGGAACCAAACUCAACACAGGCAUAUCCCUGGAGAAUGUGUAUGACUACAGUGAGUACUGGGAGGUUGCUCGCGGGCUCUAUGCCCCCUUUGACUGUACAGCCACUAUGAAGUCUGGCAAUGCUGACGUGUAUGAGAACGAGAUCCCUGGGGGCCAGUACACCAACCUGCAUUUCCAGGCUCACAGCAUGGGCCUGGGGCACAAGUUCAAGGAGGUGAAGAAGUCCUACACAGAGGCCAACAAGCUGCUGGGUGACCUCAUCAAGGUGACCCCCUCCUCGAAGAUUGUGGGCGACCUGGCCCAGUUCAUGGUGCAGAACUCUCUGACGAGGGCGGAGGUGGAGGAGAGGGCUGAUGAGCUCUCCUUCCCCCUCUCUGUGGUGGAGUUCCUGCAGGGUCAUAUUGGCAUUCCACACGGAGGCUUCCCUGAGCCCUUCAGGUCCAAGGUGCUGAAGAAUAUGCCACGUGUGGAGGGCCGCCCGGGUGCCUCUCUGCCCGCCAUGGACUUCCAGGCCCUAGAGAAACAGCUGCGAGAGACGCACGGAGAUGACAUCACUCCUGAGGAUGUGAUGUCAGCAGCCAUGUACCCCAAGGUGUUCCAGGAGUUCAAGGAGUUCACCCAUCAAUUUGGCCCUGUAGACUGCCUCAACACACGCCUGUUCCUCGAUGGACCCAAGAUCGCUGAGGAGUUUGAGGUGGAGUUGGAGCGAGGGAAGACCCUCCACAUCAAAGCCCUGGCCCUGGGAGAUCUCAACAAGGCUGGCCAGAGGGAGGUGUUCUUUGAGCUGAAUGGAGCGCUCAGAUCUGUCCUGGUCAAGGAUACAGUGGCCAUGAAGGAGAUGCACUUCCACCCCAAGGCGCUGAAGGAUGUGCGUGGCCAGGUGGGGGCUCCCAUGCCGGGGAAGGUGGUGGAGGUGAAGGUGAAGCAGGGCCAGACGGUGGAGAAGGGCCAGCCUCUGUGUGUGCUCAGCGCCAUGAAGAUGGAGACGGUGGUCAACUCUCCCCUCUCUGGCACAGUGGUCAAGAUCUACGUCAACGCCGACAGCAGCCUGGAGGGAGACGACCUUAUCCUGGAGAUCACUGAGUAGAACAGGACAGGGCACCAGUAGGAACCAUUAAUAUGAGCACAACCUUAGCCCCUUCAGUCGCACACGCUAAAGUACAAUUCCAACUGUUGAGAGGGAGGCGGGGAGGGAAAUGGAUCUAUUUUUGAAAUUCUGGAAAAAAUAUAUAGUAUGAUUGAUUGUAAUCUAUUAAUGAACUAACGUUUAUUUUUUUGUUUAUUGGAGAGCUUCCUGUGGUGAUUGCUCUUGUGAUAUGUAUGGUAAUCCACUGUCACUUUAGAAACUGAAAAGAACAAUCAUUAACCAUUAAUCAUGACUUGGAAGGGAAUUAAAUCUAGAAGUUUUCAUAUUAAUAUAUUAAUGUUAAUCAAUAUACGUCAUUGUCUAAUGCUUUCCUGAAGAGUUAAAUUGCUGAGGCUAUGCCAAUAUGAAGAUGAAUGAUGCAAUAAAUAAGUAGAAAGCAAUUGAUAAGCCGUUGACAUUCUGGUAUUUAGUGUAAUAUAAACUCUUAAUCUUGGCUAAUCAUGUUUUAAAUUGCACAGUACACUUUAGGCCAUCCCUGUAUAAGCAUCACCCUCCAUGAUUUUCAUCAUCUGAUAAAAUGUUUAAAUAGAAAAAUGAAAGUUAACAUCAAUGUAAUAAUAUAGGUGUUCAAGCAUAAAAUGUGUUUGCUUCCUAAUUGUCCUCCCACUCACUCUUCCCUCCAUCUCACUAUGUUGAAUGGGUAAAGAUGUUCUAAGCAUCUGCUCUCAUCACUGUUCACUCAUCACUGCAUUACUUUCACUCAUUUUUCCCAACCCGUUUAAAAAAUGAAUUGAGCUUUUACUGUAGAUUUCCUUUGCAUCUGAAAGUGCAUAGCCUAUGUCUUUUUGAAGCACAAGUGACUCAAUUGACCAAAACUCUUCUUUUGGACACAGAACCUAAAAUACCAUAAUUUGUUCGACCAACUGCCUUGCUUUGUACAUGAAUGUGAAUAUACUUGAUAUUCUGAUACAUGCUUGAUAUUUUGGCAACUUGUUGUGACUUUUUAAAGUAGAAAUGAAUCAUACUUAACUGGGCAUUUUUAGUUAUUCUGGUACUCAUUGGGACUGACUGGACACUGGUGAGAUUUACAGAUUGUAGGGGUCAGUUUAAUGUGGUCAAUCUGUGGUAAUAGAUUACUAAGGGGCUUUAGUUUGUAGAAUACAUAUGUUUACUGUGCAUCUUUCUUGCCCCCAGCUUUUUGUUGUUUUGCUUAGUUUCCCCAUAUAUUUGUAAACUUGACUUGUUAGACCCCAUAGAACUUGACCCGAAUAACCUAGGUAGGCUAUAUUUGAAUGUUACUGCUGUAUAUGGUGUCCUUGCAGUAUAUGCUGGCCAAUGUCUGAGUGCUAGUGGGUGAUGUUAAAUGUUUAUAGAGUCUCAAUUUGUCAGCUGUCAUGGUAACCACUUUGUGACUGUUUACAUCUGGUUUACAUCUGGGGUGUGUUGAUGAUCAUGAGCACACUAGGCAUUGUAAUUGAAUGCAGUAUUUGCAGUGCAAAGGGAAAUGUCAUUGAUUUUGUUUUUUACAUAAAAACUCAUAGCCUUGUCAUGAGUAAGUAGCAUCUGUAAUCUAUGAAAUACACAUCAUCUCUUGAGCUACUGUCUUAGAAUUGUUUAACAUAAACAGUUGUAUUAAGCCUUUGUAAUCAGAUGUUUCUUACUCUCAUAACUCUUGUAUGUGAAACAUAGGACCUAAGCCCAGUAAUAAAACAAUUAAAGAAUGCAACAAUUGAGCCUGUUAUCUUACGAGCUACAUAUAAUUUUUGCGUACAGUACGCACAGUUAUCUAAGGCAAAUAGGAGACUUAUACAUAGGGGGAAGAAAUGUUAGUGAGCUUUAUACGUAGAUGUAUUGUAAGCGUUAACAUUACUACCGAUAUGUUGAAUAGUAAUGUAAUUUGUAUUCUAGAACCUUGCUGGGGAUUUGUGGCAUUUAUCUCAUCCUUCCAUCCUUCUCAUGUCUCAUAUCAGUUUUAAAAUAUGCAAAUACUAAUUCUGUGUAACCUCAUGUUCUUUUCAAUGUGACAGAACUUUGAAAGAAAUUAAAAGAGCAUAACAGAG